AUGCAGAAGGAUAGAAUGGAAACAAAUAUUAUUAAAUGGAAAAAUAUUGAACCUCUAAUAACUUUUGAUGAUAUAUGUGAUAGUUUAGAAAAGGAAUAUGAAUAUAAUAUUGAGAAGGUAACACUUAAAAGAAAAAUAAUUACUUAUAAGUUGGAUCCAUAUGAAAAAGAAUUCGAUAAAAGAAUAUAUGGAUUUGUCGAACUUAUAAAAAUGACUAAAAGAGAAAAUUCAGACAAUGAAAAAUUGUUCUGGAAAAUCAAAGUUAAAUUAGGUGAAGCAUUGAGUAGAUAUAAUCCAUUAUUUGAUCUAAUAAUGGAAGAAAACCAUAUUGGAAUUACAGACCUUAUCGAAAAAAUAAUCAUGAAAGAAGAGAUUGUUGUUUCUAAGCAGAAGUUAAGGAAAAAGGGAAUAAAUUCAAAACAAAGAAGUUCGGAAGAAAAUGAAAACAUUUUAAAAUGUUUCAAAUGUCGAAAACCUGGUCAUAUUAAAAGAAAUUGUAGGUCAUGUUCAAUUAAUCAUAGGAUAAGAGAAAAAUUCGUAACACAAGAAAAGUUUACCAAAGUUUAUGAUGACAAUGAAAAUAAUAUAAGAUUUAAUGAAAUAAAAGAUGAUGAACAGAUACUUCUUGAUAUAUCUGAAAAUAUUAUAAUGAAAUCAUUUGAAAAAGAAAAGAUAACACGUGGACAAAUACUUUUUAUUACAAUUGUUUAA